CAACCCCGAGGUUAAGAGUUACAUGCUCUACUGACUGGGCCAGCCAGGUGCACCUAUGACUUUCAUUUUUUUUUUUUUGAAUAUUUAUUUAUUCAUUUGAGAGCAAGAGAGUGCGAUAGCACAUGCUGAGAGUGAGUUGGGGGGAGGGACAGAGGGAGAAGCAGACUCCUUGCUGAGCAGGGAGCGCACUCAAUCCCAGGAUCCUGAGAUCAUGACCUGAGCCAAAGGUAGAUGCUUAGCCAACUGAGCCACCCAGGUGCCCCAUUUAAAAAUUUUUUUAAGAUUUUAUUUAUCAUUUUUAAAAAUUAAAAGCAAAAUAACAUAAGAAAAUUUAGGAGAUUCUUAUUCAUUAACAUAGAUGAAAAAUCCUAAUAAAAUCUCAGAAAAAUUAAAUAGAGAAAUAUUUUUGAAGAAUUGCUAAAAUAAUUCCAGAAUUGCAAAGUUGAUGUAACAGCUGCAAAACACAUUACAUUAAUAAGAAACAUUAAAUCAUGUAUCACUGUAACAUACACCAAAAAGAUAUUUGAAAAAAUUAACUUCUAUUUCUAAUUAAAACUAAAAAAAAAAAAAAGAAGAAAAAAAUUUUCUUUCUGAAGAGUUCUUUCUAAAGAACCAAUAUAGAAUAUUUGGUGAAGAAGAAAGAAUCAUAGAAUCCCAGAAUCUUAGCUCUGUAUCGGGCCUCAAAAGUGACUGAAUUCUGGCCCCAUGUUGUACAGAUGAGAAAACAUAGUGAGGGACAUGACAUAACUUACCCAAAGUUACUGAGUUUGGUGAUAGGUCUUUUGAGUACUAGUCUAUUAUCUGUUACUUUCCUUAUAAAUAGAAACAUGGGUGCUACUUGUCAUUUCUAGUAUUUAAUGCAAUACAAAAGAAAGGAUCUUGGAAGUAACUGAAUCCAAUCUAUUUACCCCUGCCACUGCAUCUCUAGCAAGUAGACAUCUAGCUGGUCAUCUGGCUUCUGCUUGAAUACUUCCAGUUUUGGGGAAUCCUUUACUUAGAGAUGCUGGCCAUUUUGGAAAGCUCUACUUCUUUAAAGAUUGUCUGUGUACUGAACCACAAUCUGCCUUUCUGGACCAUUCUGUAAUUGUUGCUUCCAAGGUGGGAUAUGUGGAGGUAUGCACAAGGCCCUCCUUGGAGGUAAGGGAAGAAAAUAAUGAAAAUUUCUAUGUAUGUUUACUUAGCUUUUGCUAAUAUUUAAAAUAUGACUUGAUAUGAGAGCUCUAAUUUGGUCUGCAUAGCAUAUUGAUCUACACAGCAUGCCUGUCAUUUAGCAGGGGUGAUCUUAAAAACACAAAAACCCCUGUGGCUGGUGCACUGACCAAUCAGAAUGAAUGAUGGCUACAAGCAGUCUGGCCCAGAUUCAGCUCUGUACACUAGAUACCUGAUGGAAAACUGGGAAUCACUCAAUUAAAUUAGCUGAUGGUGGUUUGCUUUAUUGUGGUCUAUCCAUGUGUGGUUAUGUGGAUUUUAGGUUUAUCAAAUGAUUCUUGUGAAUACCCACAAAUUGAAGAUAAUAUAUUAAAGCAAGUAUACUGAACAAGUGGAAAACAGUAAAGCCCUUUCCUUAACUCCCAUUAAUCUGUGCCUUCAAGAUAAAGAUAGCAUUUUAACAAUGAGUGAGAAAGUGACUGCUUUCCUAAAGGAACUAAUUUAUGGAGACAGGAUUUUGAAAACUAAUAUUUAAGAGUUUUUUUGCCAUUAUACAAUUGCCAAGAAACUGAUAGCUAUAGAAACACACAUUUUUACACACUUAAUAGUUGGAAAUAUUCUAAGCUAUAAAAAUAUUCCAACAAGGAUUGUUUUCGUGGGUUUAACUUGUUAAAAGUAUUAAAAUAUAACACCUUCCUAUUAAUAUAUAUAUAUAUUUUAAAGAUUUUAUUUAUUUGACAGAGAGAGACACAGCGAGAGAGGGAACACAAGCAGGGGGAAUGGGAGAGGGAGAAGCAGGCUUCCCGCGGAGCAGGGAGCCCGACGUGGGGCUCGAUCCCAGGACCCUGGGAUCACGACCUGAGCCGAAGGCAGACGCUUAACGACUGACCCACCCAGGCACCCCCUUUCCUAUUAAUAUUUAACAAUUAAUUGACAUCAGGGAAGACUGUUAUCAGCAGAUGAGAUUGAAAAAUGAGUGUAAUGUAGUAAAUGUCCCAUUUAGAUAUCCGUAUCUCCUUGCUAUCUAAUGAAUAGAAAUGCUUGUUACAACCACAGAAGGAAAUAAGAUAGACAAAUACAGUGAACCCUUAUACAACAUGGGGGUUGAGGUACUGACAUGUGCACAGUUGAAAAUCUGUGUAUAACUUUUGAGUCCCCAAAAACUUAGCUACUAAUAGCCUAUUAUUGACUGGAAGCUUUAUCAAUAACAUAAGCAGUCAAUAAAUACAUAUUUUGUAUGUUAUAUGUAUUAUAUACUGUAUUUACAGUAAAGUAAGCUGGAGAAAAAACAAAAUGUUAUUAAGAAGAUUGCAAGGGAAAGAAAAUAUAUUUAUAGUACUGUACUUACUGAAAAAAAUCUGCAAAGAAGUGGACCGUGCCGUUCAAACCCAUGGUUUUCAAUAUAAGGGUGGAAGAAAAAAUUUUCUGCAGGAUGAAAUGACAAUACUUAGGAAACACAAGUGAAUUGACUAGAAAUUUCUAGAGGUUAAAAAUGAAUUGGGCGCCUGGGUUGCUCAGUUGGUUAAGCGACUGCCUUCGGCUCAGGUCAUGGUCCCGGGGUCCUGGGAUCGAGUCCCACAUCGGGCUCCCUGCUCUGCGGGAAGCCUGCUUCUCCCUCUCCCACUCCCCCUGCUUGUGUUCCCUCUCUCGCUGUGUCUCUCUCUGUCAAAUAAAUAAAUAAAAUCUUUAAAAAAAAAAAAAUGAAUUUAGCAGGGCGCCUGGGUGGCUCAGUUGGUUAAGCGACUGCCUUCGGCUCAGGUCAUGAUCCUGGAGUCCCUGGAUCGAGUCCCGCAUCGGGCUCCCUGCUCGGCAGGGAGUCUGCUUCUCCCUCUGAUCCUCCCCCCUCCCAUGCUCUCUCUCUCUGUCUCAUUCUCUCUCUCAAAUAAAUAAAUAAAAUCUUAAAAAAAAAAUGAAUUUAGCAGAGUUGCUUUACUAAAUAUAAUUCAAAACAGACUGAGACCUGCUACAUGCAUACAGUAUGAUUCCAUGGCAUUCUGGAUAAGGAGGGAGAAUAGAUUGGUGGUUGUUUAGGAGCUGGUGGGGGAGGGGAAGGUGAUUUACUACAAAGGGGCACAAAGAAACUUCAGCAUGAGAGAGUCUCUAUUGUCAUGUAUUCGUUUGUCAGAAUUCACAGUACUGUACACUAAAGUUGGAUUUUCCUGAAUGUAAAUUAUAUCUCAAUAAACCUGACUUUUUUUUUUUUUAAGAUUUUAUUUAUUCAUUUGAGACACAGAGACACAGAGAGAGAGCAUGAGCAGGGGGAGAGGCAGAGGGAGAGGGAGAAGCAGGCGCCCUGCCCAGCCAGGAGCCCGAUGUGGGCCUUGAUCCCAGGACCCUGGCAUCAUGACCUGAGCUGAAGGCAGACGCUUAACCAUUUGAGCCACCCAGGCGCCCUAAACCUGACUUUAAAAAUAGAUUGAGAAUAAAUAAUUUGUGUAAAAAAUGGGCGGAGGACCUGAACAGACAUUUCUCCAAAGAAGAUGUACAGAUGGCCAACAGACACAUGAAAAGGUGCUCAUGCUCACUCAUCAUCUGGGAAAUGCAAAUCAAAACCACAGUGAGAUACCACCUCACACCAAUCAGAAUGACUAAAAUAAAAUCAGAAGGACAAGAAAUAACAAGUGUUGGUAAGGAUGUGGAGAAAAGGAAACCCUCACCCUGUUGGUGAGAAUACAAACUGGUGCAGUCACUGUGGAAAACAGUAUGGGGGUUCCUCAGAAAAUUAAAAAUAGAACUACCAUGUGAUCUAGUAAUUCCAUUGCUGGUUAUUUACCCCCCCCAAAAUGAAAAAUAAUUUGAAAAGGUACAUGCACCCCUAUGUUUAUUGCAGCAUUAUUUACAGUAGCCAAGAUACGGAAGCAACCUAAGUGUCCAUCAAUAGAUGAAUGGAUAAAGAAGAGGUGUAUAUGUAUGUGUAUAUACACACACACACACUCACAAUAAUAUACAAUUCCAUAUUUAUAUAAUAGAGUAUUACACAGCCAUAGAAAAGAAUGAGAUCUUGCUAUUUGGGACAACAUGAUGGACCCAGGGGGUAUUAUGCCAAGUGAAAUAAGCCAGGCAGAGAAAGACAAAUACCACAUAAUUCACUUAUGUGUGGGAUCUAAAAAAACAGACUAAUACAAACUGGUGGUUGCAGGGGCAGGGAUGGGCAAAAUUGGUGAAGGGGAUUAAGAGGUAAAACUUACAGUUGUAAAAUGAGUAAGUCAUGGGGAUGAGAAGUACAGUAUAGGGAAUAUAGUCAGUAAUGUAAUAAGGCGGCAGAUGGCAACUAUGCUUGUGGUGAGCAUUGAGGAAUGUAUGGAAUUGUGGAAUCACUAUGUUGUACACCUGAGACUUAGGUAACAUUGUAUGUCAACUAGACUUCAAUUAAAAAAAAAAAAAAGAUUGAGAAAGGUAAUUUCAUUCCCCAAAGGGGCAAAAAUCAUAUGGGUGUUCAUUUAAGUCCGGGUUUAUAAAUGAAAACCACAGUGGAGCAAUAAAAGAAGAUACUAAUGAAUAGUAAUAGCCUCUUCCUGGUUGGAGAGACUAAAGACAACCGAGAUGACACUGGGCCCAGCAGGGUCAGAGCGCCAUGUGAGGGCGGAUGAUCAGACUGUGUUGGAAGCUCCUGGAAGCGGUGGCGGGUUCCUGCAUCCGCCAGCGGGUGGAGCCGGCUGGCACCACCUGGUGCAGGCUCGGGAAGCCCGCCCCUCCGGAGAUCAGGCCUGCCUGCCCCGGGGCGGGGCCUCGGGAGUGCUCGGCCUGGGGCGCUGGUUGCGGGAGUGCCCAAGUCCUGGAGUGCAGAGGCCCAGGAGAUAUGGCGGCCCCCCGAGACGCUGAGAUACGGAAGGACGUGCAGACCUACUAUGGGCAGGUGCUGAAGAAAUCAGCAGAUCUCCAGACCAGUGCCUGCGUCACUGCAGCCAGGCUGGUCCCCAAGCACAUCCGGGAAGCCUUGAGGAAUGUACAUGAAGAAGUAGCCUUGAGGUAUUAUGGCUGUGGUCUGGUAAUCCCUGAGUGUCUGGAAAACUGCUGGAUUUUGGACCUGGGCAGUGGAAGUGGCAGAGAUUGCUAUGUACUGAGUCAGCUGGUCGGUGAGACAGGACGUGUCACUGGGAUAGACAUGACAGAAAGUCAGGUAGAAGUGGCUAAGAAGUAUAUUGAGUAUCACAUGGAAAAACAUGGCUUCCAGACACCCAAUGUGACUUUUCUUCAUGGCUACAUAGAGAAUUUGGAGGAGACUGGAAUCAAGAAUGAGAGUUACGAUAUUGUUAUAUCAAAUUGUGUCAUUAACCUUGUGCCUGAUAAGGAACCCGUGCUGCAGGAGGCGUACCGAGUGCUGAAGCACGGCGGGGAGCUGUAUUUCAGUGACGUCUAUGCUAGCCUUGAAUUGCCAGAAGAAAUCAGGACACACAGAAUUUUAUGGGGUGAGUGCCUGGGUGGUGCUUUAUACUGGAAGAACCUUGCCAUCCUUGCCCAAAAAAUUGGUUUCUGCACUCCACGUUUGGUCACUGCCAAUCUCAUUACAGUUCAAAACAAGGAACUAGAAAGAGUGAUCGGUGACUGUCGUUUUGUUUCUGCAACAUUUCGCCUCUUCAAAAUCCCUAAGACAGGACCAGCCAAAAGAUGCCAAGUGAUUUACAAUGGAGGAAUCACAGGCCAUGAAAAAGAACUAAUAUUUGAUGCAAGUUUCACAUUUAAGGAAGGUGAAAUUGUUGAAGUGGAUGAAGAAACAGCAGCUAUCUUGAAGAAUUCACGAUUCACCCAGAAUUUUCUGAUCAGACCAGUUGGAGAGAAGCUGCCAGCAUGUAGUGGCUGUUCUGCUUUAGGAUCAAAGAGUGUAAUCACAGAUCCUUUCAAGCUUGCAGGAGAGUCUGACAAUGCAAAGCCCGGAUGUUCUUCUGAUGUUGCUGGAGGCUGCUGUCUGUAAUUUACAGCUGACCAGAAGAAAGGGGCAGAUGGUGAAGGACUUACGUGUCUUUUAAUCUCCUCUUCCCCACAGCACAGACCAUAAGAAAGAAUAAAUGGUGAAAAGCCACUAUGUUCUAGAUCAUUGAUAAAAAUAAGGAAUUAUUUUUUAGAAGAUAUUAAUUGAAGGUUCGUAGCAAAUGACGUAAAGGCCGGUUAAGCGGGUUUUCCUCUUUGCUAAUUCAAAGUUCUGGUGCCACCUAGUGGUCCGAUGUGGAACUGAGAUGCAGUCUUUGGGCUUGGCCAAUGAGCAAGAAGGGCUUCAGGAGUCUCAGGAAAAACAUCUUCCUUCUGACCUGCAUAGCACCUUUUGGACUUUCACGGUGUUUGCUCAUAAAACAAAGCUCCAACUGAAAUCAUGCUAAUCAUGCCAAAAAAAUUGCAAAAUCAAAUUUGUUAGGAGUGCUCUUAAGAUAUCUUCUAAAUCAAAUACUUUUUUUUUUGUAAUUGAAUGAAGAAAACAAUUGAAUAAUGAAUCUCUUUGACCUCAUUAGAUCCUAAAGAAUGACAACACUGUGACUAUCUGUAGUAAAUCUUAACUGGAUCAGGAAAGAGUGAUAAUUUUUAAAAAGAGGUAGGAGAUAUAAAAACAGUGGGUUUUCUUUUCCUUUAUAAUGUGCCCCGGUUAAACUUUUAGGAAACUAUUAGAUUUAGUUCCAGCUUCCAUAGUUAAAGAAUGAGAUUGAGGACUAUUUCAGGAUGAUGUCAUCAUUAGAAACGAGAACGUUAUUUAAUUGAAGUCCAGUUGCACUUGAAGACUUUGUCAGGGGACACAGAAAGGUGUAAGUCAUAUAUAAGUCAUGGUCCUUGUCAUCAGGAGCUGAUCAGUUCUUUAAUAACAGCCUUUAAGCAAUGAAGAGUUUUAAUGAGAAAAAGCUCAACCAGUUGCUCUGACUUCAGUGCAAAAUAACAAGGGGGAGUGGCAUGACCCAAGAGAUUUUUUAUUAGGGUUCUGAGAAUAUUUGUAAAACAUUGGAAUGAAUUUUAUAUUCCAGACCCCUCUUUUAAUAAAGCUGUUAAAAAUGGAGAAAUUCUCAGAUUUCUGAGUGGGUUCAGCCAUAGGACCUAACUUACUACUACAGAAUAAGGAGAGGACUGGGUGGUAUCUUUUAAGCUCUAUUCAUCUCUGUGACCUUGAUUCUAAACAGUGUUUUCAUGGUUCUAGAAUUCCAUAUCUACUCAGCCGUAACCUACUUCAGUGACAGCAUUAGUUAGACCAGUACAAGUGGGAUUAAGCAUACUUCACCAUCCAUGAGCCCAAGGUGGUCCUACUAUAGGAGGAAAGGAUGAAAAGAAAGGACAUUCUGGUUAUUUGAUUUAUUAGGCUUUUCUAAAUUUAGAGGGAGGAGGUUUUAGGCAAUCACUUGUCAUUCUGAAUUCUUAGUUCCCCCAAAAGAUGAUGAGGGAUGAGUGUGAACUGGAAUGUGGAAACUCGUGUUGGGCUUUUCCUAAGAAUAACCUACUUUAUACAUUAUCUUCCAACAAAAUAUACAUCAUAAGAACUGUAUUUGAUCUAGAAUCUAGAUAAAAUAUUAACUACAUAAUAUAAAAUAAAGUAGACAUGUUCUGUUCAGAAAAAAUGCCAUACGUGGUUAUUUAAAUAUUCAAAAUAGGUGAGAGACACCUAGGAGCAGACAUCCCUUCUCACAGAGGAUACCUCUUCUUUAAGCACGGGAAGCAGAGUGGAAUAAGAAGGAGGAGGAGCAGAAGUCUGAUGGCAAACUUGAUGGUUCUUUUUCCACUUGGCAUUUUGGCCUCGAGAAAAUUAUUUAACAUCUCUGUGCCUUUGUUCCCUCGUCUGCAUGAAGUUCUUUGAAAGGGUGGGUGGCAUAUGGUUUAAAUUGUUACUAGUUUGGAUCUAUAUGGUUGCCACCAGCAUGUGAUGGCAGGACCAGCUGAAGACCAACUUGCUGCCAGAGCAUGGUUUAAGAAGCUGCCUGUAGCUCUUUGGACAGCGGACAACUUUCCCCCCAACACUGUAUUACCACCUUUUCAAAUAUGCAGAAAAGUUUGAAACAUUGGAGUGACUGCCUAUUUACCUACCACCUAGGUUACCUGUUAACUUUCAUUUCAUACAUGUUAUACUUAAAAACAGCAGAGCCAGAGAAACAGAUGCCUAAUUCUUCUGUAGCUACAAACACUUUUCAGAAGAUACUGGACUUACGGGGUGCCUGGCUGGCUCAGUGUGUAGAACGUACAGCUCCUCAUCUCAGGGUUGUGAGUUGGAGCCCCACGGUGGGAGUAGAGCUUACAUUAAAAAAAAAAAAAAAAAUAGUGGCCUUAAAGGGUUUAAGGAGCAGAUUUUCUCUUAAUUGAUUAUUGUACCAAAUAUAGUAUUUUCAGUCCUUCAUUAUCAUAGGGAGAGAAUUUAUUUAAAAAUCAGCUAAGGGGCGCCUGGGGGCCCCGAGUUGGGCUCCACACUCAGCUGGGGAGUCUGCUUUUGGAUUCUCUCUCUCCCUCUGCCCCUCCCUCUGCUCACGCUCUCUUUAUCUCUCUUAAAUAAAUAAAUGGAUAGAUAAAUAAACAAAUCUUUAUUAAAAAAAAAAUCAGGUAAGCCUGCAGAGGCUUUUCAGCUUACCUACUGGAGGGAGCACAGCAGUAGCUUAAACAGGAUCCCACCCCCACCCCCACCUCCAGCCACACAUGGCUGAAAAGGGCAUGGCUCUGUGCCAAGACAGCGGCAGAGCCUGCUUCUCUUAUUGAUUCUUGGCCUUGCCUUGGAUGGCUCCUAGGAAGCAGCAAAGGGGUGACUAAUUCUGCCUUAUUAGAUUGGGAGGUCUCCUAAGUGAGCCUGGCAAGGAAUGUGAAGCUAUCCAUCCAAUCUUUCAUUUAUUCACUAUUAUUAAGUACCUACUCUGUACCAGGCACUGUCCUAGGCCCAGAUCACUAACAAUCAAAGAUGAUGAACCCCGUGGGGCAGCAGAACCAAAACAGCUAAGCCUGUUUUCUAAAUGUUGUUGGCACCUGUCCUAACUUCUGCGAUUUGCCAAGUUUCUUCAACUGCACAGACAGCACAGAUGAGGUCUUAACAAGGGUUCUUUCGAAGACUCUGCCGGGAGAGUCAGUAGAGGGAGAUCUCACUAGAUAAUAAAAAUGAACUCUUUUGCAAAUAUGGAGCUGGAAUUAUACAAUCCUAAUAGUAACCUAUGACUUGAGCUUUAGUGCCUCAUUCCUGUCUCUAUUCAGCUGCUGACCCUGCAAUUUCUGCAAGCACAGCUCCCACUGAGGUUAAUGGGAGUGUUCUGUGAAUGUAAGUUUUGUACUUAAUCUUCUCCUGCUGCGUGAGCCUUGCUUGUCUUGGACUGAUGACCGUACCAAUCCCCUUCCCCAAUGGGAACAUGCUAGCCCCUCCUUUCAUGGAGCAGAGCCAUGUAGCUGUGGUAUGCUCCAGGUGAGGGGAAAAUCAAUUUGGGACAAAAAUGUUCUGCUCUAAUGUUACUCCACUGCUUCAUAAUAAUAGCACCCUGCCUCCUAUACGUUGUCUAGAAGCCCGAGAGAGUAAAAGAGAACAGUAUAUUGAUACCGUUGCCGGGGCACUGUAAGCCAGACUUGGCUCUACUAACUUUUUAACUA